AUGAGUCUAGGGGGAGAAGAGCACAAGCUAAAGGAGCUCCCUAAAGUCUCCAAAGUUCGAGAAUAGAUUUUAGAGUUCGAUUUGAAUUAGAUUUUCCAUUUGACUUACUCAUUUGAUGUACUAAAGAAGGUUAUUGACAAGAUAGUCUUUGAGGUCGAUAAUCACAGUGACAAGUUCUCAAGUGCUAUCGAUAAACUAGUAAAUCAGGUAAAUCUUCAUGAUGCAAAAAUUUAGCACCAAGCUAAGCAUCUCGAAAUGCUAUCUUAGUAAAAUGACAAGCAAGAAAAAACAAUCGGUGAUAAUACUAAGUAAAUUGAGGAUCUUCAGAAAUAAAUGUCGAACUUUAAGAACUAUGAUGACUCGAAAUUACUUAAAAUGAUAGAAGAUCUUGAACACCAAAUAACAGAGUCGAAUGGUAGAAUUAAGAAUUUCGAUGAGAAGUUCUUCACAUUGAAACAAGGUUCCAACACCAAUUCAAACAGUUAGGAUGAGUUGGAAGAAAUCCUCAAUGAUCUAAGAUAAGAUAUGCGAGAGAGAUUUGUAAGAAGAGAAGAAUUCAAAGAAUAUCAAUAAUAAGUUCAAGAGAAGCUGGAUAAGGCAGAUGAUAGGAUUUAGAACUUAGAGGACUAAGUUGAGGAUCAUGAGAUUAGAAUAAAACAGCUUGAAGAUUUGACAAGUGGAGAGUUGAAGGAUUAAAUAUAAUAAAUACGUUAAACACUGGAAAACAUGAGAUAGGAUCUAACACUUAGAACUGAUGAAAUUGAGUUGAGAUUGAAAGAUCUCAAUUAAGAGCUGAAUAACAAAGUUGAGUGUGAGAUGUUUGAUGAGGAAAUUAACAAUCUUAAAGCAGCAAUAAAUGCAUUAGCUACAAGUGGCCCUGAUGAUGUUAAAAAGCCAAAUGUUACUCAGGUAUUUUAGACUACUGGAAUGAGUAGUAAAGACUUGAAUAAACUUAGAGAACUUGGUUAAAAAGUAACGGAAAUCGAUGAACUAAUUCAUAAGCUUUUAAGAGAUAUGAAAUCUCUUAACAUAAACGAGCUAAGAGAAUUGAUUAAUGAUGCGCUGAAGAAGAUAAGCAGCAAGGCUAGUAUGGAAGAUCUCGAAAAAUUAAAAUAAGAAAUUAGGGAAGAAUUUUAAGCUGAAUUGGAUAAGAUUAGAACUUUGAUUAACAAUUUCAAAGCUGUUGAAUUUUCGUUAAGAUAAGAGAUCUAAGACAUUAGGUCAAUUCCUCGAACCGAAAUAUCUCACAAGGAAACAGAUUCUUAAUAAAGAGGCAGUUUCAACAAUGAAGAUCUUGCUGAUAUUCUAAGAAGAUUAGCAGAGUUAGAAGAAGCAUUUAAGAAUUAUAAGAUUGAUAAUGCUAGAGCUAUUUAACAAAUUCUUGAUUAGGUUGCCUAAAAAGCUUCGAUCGAAAGCUUAAAUGAAUUAGAGCAAAAGAUUCUAGAAAAAUUAAAUGAAUUAUUCUAGGCUUUAGUAUCCAAAUUUGCAGAUAAAGGCGAUACCAAGAAGGCAAUUAAAAACCUUGAAACAUCCUUGAAAAAUCUUUACGAAUAAGUCAUUAAUUCAUAAAAUGGCAAUGGAUUAAACAUAGGGCAUGAAGAUGAUGCUAUGUUUGCAAAGAAACCUCUUGGUGGAUGGUCAUGUGCAAGCUGUGAGAAAGGACUUGUGAAUCUUCAAGGUCUUCCAGCUGAAUAUACGCCAUGGUCCAAAUUGCCAUUCAAAGAUCCGAAUGAAAGAUUGUCCAAGUAUGGAGCAGGCUUUUCGAAAAUCCUUUAAAUCAUGAAGCCUGAAAUGACUUUACAUCAGAAUUCUACUUCUUAACUUCAGAACUCAAGCCAAAAUCUUUUGAGCUCAAAGGGAUUCUAGAACGAAGAUAUCGCUUACUAAACUCAUCAUCAAAAUCUAGAAGUUUCAAAUAUGAACAUUCGACCUUCAGGUCCUAAAACCUCUCAUCAAAUGUUUAAGAAUGCCUCACAUGACACCAUCCUCCCUAACUUAAAGAAAGAAGCUAAUUUUUAUUCUAGACUCUUAAUGAACGCCACUCAAUUUAUUAAUCAUCCUAUUGAUCCUCACAAUAUUGACAUGCAUGAGGAAGACUCUGGCUUUUCAGUCUCAACCUCUGUCUCAAAGAGCAAAUAAGACUUUGCAUUGCUUAGAAUUUAAAAUGACAUCAAGGAGUACAUCAGAAAUAAAAUGCCUACUAAAAACUGCCUUACAACCAUCUCAGAAUUCAAUGCUAGUCAGACAUUCAUAGAUAGAAGCAGGUUCUUUUUUUCGAGGUCCCAAUCUAAGUCCAAAUUCAAGUAAAUCCAGGCAGAAGUGAAAUCUAGCUAAUACUACUCACACAACAAUUCACUUGCCAUCUCCCCUAAUAUUGAUAGCAUCGAAAAGCAAGCAAGCAACGAAUUUGAUCAGAAUUAGUAAAAAGGGCAAUCUUUAGGCUAUAUUCAAGUUGAGAUUAGAUGCUAGGAGGGCUUUUACAAAAAUGGCCUUUUCAUUUUUCACAUUUACUUCUUGCCCAAGUAUCCUCAUGUGGCACCUAGAGUCUUUUUGUCAGACUUUUAAACUCAAAAUAACAUAAUGUACUAGCAGAACUUUAAUUUUGUCAACAGAAACACAGAUGAGGUUCAACUUAAAAUACUCUAAGAGCAAUGGAGUCCAGUGCUCAGUCUUCAAAUGAUUCUCUUGGCUUUGGAGUUACAAGUUGGCUAUGAAGAUGCUGACCCAGGAUUCAAUCAUAGAGAUUUAAAUAACAUAGAUUUUCAGUCCUAUGCCUAUGAUAAGCAUCUAAGUUUACUCCCAUUUGUUUAGAAUAGGCAUCAAAAUCCAAAAAAUUAGCAAUUGAUAGAUCAGGUUACUAGCAGAAAGAGGAAACUCUAAGAGAUGUCAAGCAAUGGGUCUGGCUCAAAUAUAUCCUCUCCCAUUAGUGAUAUAGAGGGCUCAUUCAAUCCAAUUAAGAGACUAAGGAGAGAUCUAGAUGACUUAAGGAUAUAAUCUCCUAUGUCCUAAAAUUUUUAGGCGAUGGCGAACCCGAUGAUGGCGCCUGCUGAGCAAUAAAUAAAAUUUAAUAGCAAUACCGAUUUCAAUAUGGAUAUGAUUAUGGAGUAUUAAAAGGCUUGA